AUGGAGCCACAGUCUAGAACACAUAAACGUACGUUUUUUGACCUGAAAAUUGUGGGCAUCUGCAGAGAUGUUAAAACCAAUCCUAAGAAAGAAACAAUGCUAGGAGGAAAUCGAGCUGUGUUUUUUGUAUACGCUACCGAGGGGCUGGAGAACAUGUCGUUCGUGUCCAAUGCCGUGAGCCUUGUAACUUAUUUUUACGGGUAUAUGAACUUCAGCUUAACAAAAUCCGCCGCCACGCUCACAAACUUCAUGGGGACUGCUUUUUUACUAACACUCGUUGGGGGAUUCAUCUGUGACACCUAUUUGUCCAGAUUUAAGACUUGCGUGCUGUUUGGACUCAUUGAAUUUUUGGGAUAUGGGCUCCUGACAGUACAAGCACAUUUCCACCAACUAAGGCCCUUCCCAUGCAAAGAUGUUGCCAUAAACCUAAAAAACACAUGCGAGGCCGCAGAUACAAGCCAAUCUGUAUUCCUUUUUGCUGGCCUAUACAUGGUGGCCCUUGGAACCAGCGGGGUUAAGGCGGCGCUGCCGGCCUUGGGAGCCGACCAAUUCGAUGAAAAAAACCCUAAGGAGGCAGCUCAACUCUCAAGCUUCUUCAACUGGUUCUUGUUCAGCCUCACCAUCGGAGCUAUAAUCGGCGUGACCUUUGUCGUAUGGGUAACCUCCAACCAGGGCUGGGACUGGGGCUUUGGUAUAUGCGCUGUAUCGGUCUUAUUUGCAUUGCUUUUUUUGUGCAUGGGCAAGUCUUUAUACCGCAAUAAUGUGCCCAUGGGAAGCCCACUACUUCGCAUUAUGCAGGUAUUUGCGGCUGCCAUCCGAAACCGAAAACUUCCGAUUCCAGAAAAUGCAGAGGAAUUGCUUGAGGUUCAUGGCAAAGAAACAAGAAUGCAUGAUGAAAUUCUGUUGAGAACGGAACAAUUUAGAUUUUUGGACAGGGCAGCAAUCAUUAGGAGCAACAAUGAUGAAUCAACAGCAACCAAGCAAGGAUCCUGGAGCCUAUGCACAGUGACACAAGUUGAAGAGACAAAGAUUCUAAUUCGCAUGCUACCAAUUAUACUUAGCACCGUAUUCAUGAACACAUGCUUGGCUCAACUUCAAACAUUCUCUGUCCAACAAAGCACAACCUUGAACCCCUAUAUCCUGGGAUUUAAAGUGCCCAGCCCCUCACUCCCAGUAAUCCCCCUAUUGUUCAUGUUCACUCUUAUUCCAUUGUACGACCGGGUUUUUGUCCCAUUGGCCAGAAAAAUUACAGGAGUGCCCACCGGGAUUCGACACCUCCAGCGAAUUGGAAUCGGGCUGGUGCUCUCAGCUAUUUCCAUGGCAAUUGCCGGAGUCGUGGAGACCCGCCGCAAGUCUCUGGCUAUCCAACAUAACAUGGUUGAUAGUGCCGACCCUUUGCCAAUGAGUCUGUUUUGGCUGGGUUACCAAUAUGCUGUAUUUGGAGCCGCAGAUAUGUUUACCCUAGUUGGGCUGCUAGAGUUUUUCUAUGCAGAGAGCUCAGCUGGUAUGAAGUCACUCAGCACAGCCAUUUCAUGGUGUUCAGUGGCUUUUGGGUACUUUCUGAGCACAGUAGUGGUGGAGGUGGUGAACAAGGUGAGCGGUGGGUGGUUGGCCAACAAUAAUUUGAACAGAGAUAAGCUGAACUAUUUCUACUAUUUAUUGUCCGGGUUGAGCAUGGCGAACUUUGGGGCGUAUUUAAUAUGCGCAUCUUGGUAUAGAUACAAGAAAGUGGAAAUGAAGCAAAGUGAUGUUGGGGAAAAGAUUGAAAUGUCUAGGGUUUAG